UUAUAUUUCAUCAUAAACAUAAAGCCGACAAUAAUCCUCCAAUGACACGGACCAUCCUCGUAACAGGAGCCACCGGCCAACAAGGCACGUCCUUGAUCGCAGCCUUGCGACCACGCGACACCGACUCCGCAGACUACCGCGUCCUUGCGCUGUCACGGAGCAAAACCAGCCCAUCGGCCAAGCACCUCGUUCAAGAGAAGCAUGUUACUGUAGUCGAAGGUGACUUGAAUGAUCGUGUUUCUAUUGCCCGUGUCUUUCAGGAAGCCCGGGACGGGGAUGGCACUAUCUGGGGCGUGUUUAUGGUUCUCGCUUUUCCGGGUCUAGGGAAGAAUGCUGACGCUGAGGAAGCUCAGGGGAAGUUACUGGCAGACGUGGCGCUGGAGUACGGCGUUUCGGCCUUUAUUUACUCUUCGGCGCUGCGCUCUGGACCGAAAUAUGACGAUCAGUUGGAGCGGUCGGGGAAGGCGAAAGUCAAUGUUGAAAGACACGUGAAGGAGAUCGGGUUGCCUUGGGCCAUUGUGAAGCCGGGGUUUUUCAUGGAGAAUUUCUCUGGUAUGCUUGGCCCUCUGGCCGUUCAUCUGAUGAAGGCUGGGAUGAAGCCCGAGACUCGUCUGGAUCUGGUGGCUGCCCAAGAUAUAGGUCGUGUUGUAGCAGCUGUCUUCAAGGACUUUUCCAACUGCUCAUCCCGUGAGGUCAUCAUAGUUUCCGAAUCCCUAACCGCCAGCCAGAUAGAAAGGACGUACCGUCCUACCACGGGGCUCGUCGGCUCAUAUGUUUCGCCAUGCCUAGCCCGCUUGGUAUUGAAGAUCAAUGCCGAUACUCAGAAUCUUGUGCAAACUAUUAAUGAUACAUACGAUCGAUCGAUCAACGGGGACUAUCCAGAACGUGAAGAUGAAAUCCAACUUGCGAAAGAUGUUUGUCCCCAACGGACUACAUUCCAUGAAUGGGUCAGCAAGGCGGAUUCAGAGGUCCAGGAGGGAUGGAACCGGGUGAGCAUUUGGGGGCUUCUCACUGGGAGGAGUUGACUUUCCUCAAUCAUAAUGUAAAAUGUCAUCGAAUUGUAGGAGACGUAUGUUGUCUUGAAUAUGUCCCUUAUCAGUGAACUAAAAAUCCAAAAUCAAGACAUCGGGU